AUCUGUUUACCUUAUAUGGGGAAAGUCAUCCUGACCGAAGAUGAUGGAAGGUCACGGAGGUUGUUCGUAAAAAAGUUCUUGGGAAUUUACCUCAUAUUUGCCGUAAAACAACAAAGUUCCUCGUUUGAUUCGAAUGCAUAUGGUCUUUGAAUCGGAACUUUUGAAACAAAAUCGCGAAUCAAAGCAUCAGGAUGUUUCAAACUAGAGCAAGCUGCCAGCCGGCACCCGGGGCUCAGACUCUGCAUCUUGUUAAGAGAGCUGACCCUUUGCUGCUGAGGCAGAUCUUCAACAAGUAUGCAGGAGUGGAGAAGGAAGCUGAGAAAUUCAUGACGUCGGAGGAUUUCAUCCGAGGCUUCCUCGGCAUGCAGCCGGAGAGGAACUACAACCCCAACACCAUGAAGCUGUUGGCCGGUGUAGCUGACCAGACUAAAGAUGGCCUGAUCUCCUUCAUAGAGUUCCAAGCAUUUGAGGCAUUGCUGUGUUCUCCUGAUGCCUUGCACAUGGUAGCCUUCCAGCUCUUUGACACCAAUGGCUCGGGAUUUGUUUCUUUUGAGGAGUUUAAGAAAGUGUACGGUGCCACUGAGGUACACCAGCAGAUCCCCUUUGACUUCAACUGCGCAUUUGUGGGCCGCCACUUUGGCAAAGACAAGAAGAAAGAAUUGUCAUAUGCAGAGUUCACUCAGUUUCUUUGGGUUCUACAAGAGGAACACGCGAGGCAAGCCUUUGACAUGUUUGACAAGAACAACCUUGGGGUCAUCAAUGCCUUGGAGUUCCGCAAGAUCAUGACCACGAUCAAGUCCCACCUGGUGACGGACUACGUGGAAGAAAACCUGGUUUCAGUUGCCGGAGGGGAAACCAAGCAUCUAGUCAGCUUUCCAUAUUUCAACGCCUUCAACUCGCUACUCAGCAGAAUGGAGCUGAUGAAGAAAAUCCACUCGGACAUGACUAACUCAGACCCUAACGCCGGCGUCACAAAAGAGGAGUUUUUACAUGUUGCUCAAGGAUUCUCACAGAUCACACCACUAGAAGUCUCCAUCUUGUUUCACCUUUGCUGUUUGGAAAGUUCAACAGGCCGUAUCACAAUGGACGACAUAGACAAAGUCGCCCCCAAAAAUGACCUAGUCGGCGAGCUGGAGAUACAACAGCCCAAGCGUCAUGUCGAAAGGACGAUCUUGAUCCAAAUGGCAGAGUCUAUCUAUAGGUUCGGCCUGGGAGCCAUCGCUGGGGCUGUUGGUGCCACGGCAGUUUACCCCAUCGAUCUGGUCAAGACCAGGAUGCAGAACCAGCGUGGAGGCUUGGUGGGCGAACUCAUGUACGAGAACAGCAUAGACUGCUUCACUAAGGUCAUCCGACACGAAGGUUUCUUUGGCCUCUAUAGAGGUCUGCCUCCCCAGCUACUGGGUGUGGCCCCAGAGAAAGCCAUCAAGCUGACCAUGAAUGACUUUGUCCGUGAUCACCUCAGGAGGAAAGACGGGAUUCCCCUCUGGGCUGAAAUUGUGGCCGGUGGAUGUGCUGGUGCCUCUCAAGUGAUGUUUACCAACCCAUUGGAGAUAGUGAAGAUCCGGUUGCAGGUCGCCGGUGAGAUUCAGUCAGGCCCCAGAGUCAGCGCAAUCACAGUAGUCCGGGAUUUGGGCUUCUUUGGCUUGUACAAGGGUGCCAGAGCCUGCUUCCUUCGUGAUAUCCCAUUUUCUGCCAUCUACUUCCCCGGCUACGCACACCUCAAGAAAGCUCUGGCUGACAAGGACGGCCACAACAACGCUCUCUCCUUGCUGACUGCUGCCACGCUUGCUGGACCUCCUGCUGCCUACCUAGCCACACCCGCCGAUGUCAUCAAGACAAGGUUACAGGUCGUUGCUAGGAAAGGACAACAGACGUACAAUGGGGUCUUUGACUGCAUCCGCAAGAUCUAUGCCCAGGAGGGAUUCAGGGCGUUCUUCAAAGGAGGUCCUGCUCGAGUGUUCCGGUCAUCACCCCAAUUUGGUGUCACCCUCCUGACGUACGAGAUCCUGCAGAGAAAUCUUUACAUUGAUUUUGGAGGACGGCGACCCGAAGGAUCAGUAACCAAGCCCAGUACUCAUGUAGCCGACCUGCCGCCAGUCAACCCAGAUCACAUCGGUGGUCUCCGGCUCGCCGUGGCAACCUUUUCGGGCGUGGAGACCAAGUUUGGCCUGUUCCUGCCCAAAUUCAGGAAUCCGCUAGCCACCGCAGUCCACACCAGCUAGUAACGCAACUAACAAUGUAUUGGAUAUUUGACUUCAAAAUUGAGACUCAAGUGACUUUAAAGGCCAACUCCAACGAUAUAGGGAAGGUAAAAGACCACUUCAA